AUGGGUUGUAAACAUUCAUCAUUACGAUCAAAUUCAUCAAAGAUAAAUAUUAAAAAUGAAGAAAAAAUUAUAUUAAAAAAUAAAAAAUUUAUUCAAGAAAAUAAUCAUGAAAAAUUAAAUGAUAUAAAAUUAUCUAGUAUAUCAAAUAAAAUAUCUUCUUUAUCAUUAAAUUUUGAACAAAUACUUAAUGAUCAUAGUAAAAAUUUAAUAAAAAGAUUUGAAUUUAAUUCAACUUGUCUUUUAUUUGAUGUUUCAUUAACACAUAUACUUUUACUUAAUAAUAAAAAACUUUAUUUAAUUAAUAUAAAUAUAAUGAAUAUUGAUACAUAUAUUUUAUUAAUUGAUAAUAUAAAUAUUCAAGAAAUAGUAUGGUCAAAACAAUUAAAUAAAUUUCUUAUUCUUACAACUGAUCAAUUAUAUCAAACAGAUAUUGAUCAAUUACAAUUAAUACCUAUUCAUCAAAUUCAGUUUAUUAAUGAAGGUCAUCGUAAAUCAUAUAUGACAGUUAAUGGAGAUGAUUUACUUAUUAAUCGUUCAUUUGGAUAUGAUCUACGUCGAUAUUCUCUUUUAAAUUUUAAUCUUCUACAAUCACCUCAUAUAUAUAAAAAUAUUAAAGAAAUAUGUAUAACUACAAUAAGAUUAAAUUCAAAUAAAAUUUUAGCUCUUGCUAUUUCAAUUAAUGAUAAACAAAUGAUUGAUUUAAUACAUUUAAAUACUAAUCAACUUAUUCAUCGAAUUAAAUUAGAUUUUAAUGAAAAUAUUUCAUAUCCAAUUGAUUUACAUUGUCAUGGAUUAUGGUUUGCUAAAACAUGUAUACCUUAUAUAAAUAUUGGUCAUUGUUUAAUAACAUCUAAUGGACAAAUAAUUAGAUUAAAACUUUUUUCUAAUCAAGAUAAUUUUAUACGUUCACUACGAAUGACUGAUGAUAAUAAAUGGUUAUUAAUUGGUAGACAAUAUGCAUUAGAACUUUAUUCAUUAUCAAAGUGA